AUGGGAAGCGGCGUGCUGCGGUGGAUCUGCGUCGUGCCAGCCCGGAGGCAACGCCGGCGGCGACCGCGCGCGGCGAGGCUGGUGCUGUGGGGCGGGGAGACGCGGGCGGCGGAGCACGGGCGGACGGCUGGGGAGGUCAUGGUCGAGCACGGCGCCGGCGGAAGCGUGGUGUGCCGGGCAGACGGGUUCCGCGUCGGGCACCCCGCGCCGGUGCUCGCCGUCGAGGACCGGCUCGAGGCCGGCGUCACGUACGUCGUCGUCCCCGUCGACCGGCUCCCGGCGCAGGGGCAGGGCGCGGUCACCGCGGGGUCGCUCGCGGCGCUCUCCUACGACAAACACCACGAGGGCGCCCGCGGCGGCGGCGUCUCGCCCUCGUCGUCGGCGCCGUCGCUGGCUGCGGGCGGGAGGAGUCCGUUCGAGUACGUCAAGGACGGCGACGGCCGGACGGUCAUCAGCGUCACCGAGGAGUUCAUCGUCAAGGCCGUCACAGGCAGGCGGCCGCCUAAUGGUGAUCGUGGCGAUGACGAGGAGAACGGGGCGCUGAUCUGCAGCACGCCGGAGCUGAGGAAGCACUACGAGCAGCUGGUGGGGGCGGCGAGGGACAGGCCUUGGUCGCCGCGGCUGGAGACGAUCGAGGAGCGGAAGGCGCGGAGGAUGGUGGACGUCGUGAUCAGCCCACGGACGAUGUCCCCGGCCAGGCUGCUGGGCUUGGUCAAGGGAUCAAGUGAGCGAGCUAGGUAG